AUGAAAGAGAUUUGGGUGUACGUGAAUGCGUCCCAUGCCAUAGGCACCUUCGAGGUUCCGCAUCUUUUAAGUUACUUUACAUCAACACGUGAAGUGAGCCCCACCAUUUUUAACGUAUGUGACAUGUUCGGAUUAGGAAUCUGAUCCAGAUUCCA